AUGUUCGCUCCCGGUCAGGAAACGCUCUCGAAGGAGCAGAUUAGAGCUGGUGAGCAGGAGGCUCAGCAGACUAUCCGCUCUGCCAUCACCGGUGGUAUCCUUCUGUAUCUCUCUCCCUUCGCUAUCGAUUUCGUCAAGAAGUUCCUUUAA